AUGUACUACGUCCAUUGUGACGACCAUCCCUUCGACGGUGUGACUGUUUGUGACUGCGAGCAUCAUCCGUACGCACAGAUGUCGGAUUUGUGCAAGGACAUGGACUUCCAAAAAUGGGCGCUUGACGUGUACCUGCUCGACAAGUACGGCAUCGAGAUGCGGACCAACCCGACCAUGUCGAGAGCAUCGGACGCAUCCUUCCAACUCAACACCAAGCACGUCAUCACGCAACUUCGGGCGGAGGUUAACUUACACAAGGAGGAGGGAGGGAAAAAAGAAAUCAAGAUCAAACACCUCGAGCAGAAGGUCGAGUCAUUGGAGCGGGAGAAGAGCGCGAUGCAAGUGGCGUUGGAGGCGAAGGACGAGGCUCUCGCGCGACUGCAGAAAGCGUUCGACGCACUUAAAAUUACCGCGGUGACAAGCGCGGCUGCGAACGUGGGGGAUAACGAGAGCGUGCCGCAGACGGCGACCGAAGAAACGACCCCGCCAACACAGCAAGCCCCACAAACAUCACCCACUCGACAGAGCGUGGGCAGCCAGCUCGACCAAGCAUUGUUCGACGUUGUGGUGUGGCCGUGGUGCAAUUGCGAGACCGUGCGGCAGGCGUGGUCCUACUGGGACGGGCCAAGCCCGCUGAACAACGGACACAGUCUUCAACACGCUUACAGGAGGGGCUUCGCCGUCAAGUUCAGCAAGUUCACUCCGACUCCUCCCCCCGUUCCCCCUGAAGAGGAGGCCAGGCCAAAAGAAAAGCCUCCGUCCCGAAAAGCUGUCGAGUCGAAAUUGCGGAAAAUGGAAGUUGUCAUGAGGGCCGUCGAGACGUUCAGGAUCGACGACAGCAGCGCGGCUACGUCGACGGUCAUUGAGAAGCUUGACUCGAUUGUCACGAAGCACUGGAUCAACAUGCUGGCGGAAGGGCUCGUUCUCAAGGAGGAUUCGGGCAAGCAGCUCACGAAGAAGCGGAAAGUCGAGACCGCAGAAGAAAACCGCAAGAACAAAGAUCGCCUCAGGAUCACGCGGGAGCUAAUUCGCGUCGAACUCCGAACCACGGAAUGGGCCGAGAACGUGUUCAAGGACAAAUGGACGGAGUUCAUGAAGGCAAUGGGCGAGGGCCCUAGUUCGACAAGCAACCGUGACGAGGGGGGAAACUAG